UUGUGCGAGUAUAUGGCCACAACCGUGUUGGAAUCCAUGCUCCAUCCAUUCGAGAUCCACUAGGGCAGCAAGAAAAACCAUAAAAGCGAUUUUAGUCUAAAACUGUACUCGGCUGACUUUGGAAGCAAUCUUGCCAAAGCUCCUGCGGAUCUCCAUAAUUGUGACGUGGGAAUCAACCCCUUCCAUGAGCGGGUGGCGGUGCUAACCAAAACCUGUGGUGCAAAUCAGUAAUAACGAUAAAACCGAUUUUGUGGAACAUUUUUGACAACAUUUUCGCGGAUAGGUCCGCGACACAGCAAAAAAAAAGCCAUGUCGCGCGGAGUGUGGGAUUGACCAACGGAAUAAAAAUCGCGCGUCCAUUAUAGAGUCCUUAAUAGAGUAAAGUGGUUGUUUUUUUACUCGUUCCGCGUUGGUUUUGGCCAACCUCCUGCCAACCAGUUGUGACUGUGUGACUGAGAGUGGUAUUGGGGGAAAAAGUGACGCCUUCGGUGGGUGUAUGUGUGGCCACUGGAGCACGCCACUCUAGGGAACGUGGGCCAGCCAGUGUUGCGGUGGUUAAAAGCUUUUUCCUCGCCGAAUUCCGGUUUUGGGUUUUUCGUUCUCUCUUUUUUAUAUGCUGGUUGGUGCAAUUCAAUUUUCCUCCUGUACAGUGAAGACAGCCCUCGCGUGAAAAAUCCACCCAAACGAACACAACAUCGACGAACGGUGAUAUUGCCACCGAUGGUGAUGGAAAAAUAGUCAGGGUGCGAACAGGACCAUAAAAACCCCAACGAGAGCCAACACGCGCGAUUACGCCGACAGAGAGCAGUGGGAUUUCUCGCCACCAGCAUUCGGCCUGACAAAAAUGUGAAGUGCUGAAAAAAAAACCGUGUGUGAAAAUAUAUUUAUUUGUGAUUUGAUACGGACACCGCAGAGUGGUGAUCCAAGGGGUGAUACAAUUGUGUGUUAAGUGACGAAUUCACGGCAGGAAUCCAAACCAGGAAAAAAAGUUCAGCUCACGUGUUAUCCUGUUGUUGUUUUUGUUUCGCUUUUUUAACACAGCCACGGAAACCUCGACACGGAGGUUACACCACACCCUUGAUUCACACCCAGCGUUCAAACAGUGACAGAGUGAUCCAAUCCAUCUCCCGCGUUUCGGCCUGGUCGACUGCUGGACCCGUCGAGAUAAACCGUAAACCGCAGUCGAAUACGUGUUGUACACUAUUGAUCAACCGCGGCGGUGGCCAGGCUCUACCCAAAAGGAAGGACAUCCGAGCUUCCACUGUAUCGUUCGCGAGUGUGUGCGGGUUGACGUGAUGAAAAAAAUGGACUGUCCCCGAGUUGGUGGUUUGUGACGCAAGACCCGAUUGAAUAGAUUAUUUUUUGCCGUGCCCGGCUGACAUCCCCGUCAAAGCCGUGAACCCAAGUGACGACGGCAUCCGCACCAUCAGCCAUAUAAUUGUGAGUACUCGAUGGAAUUAAGAUAAAUUGGUUGAGUUGAGGAUUGGAUUCUAACCUGUAUAUACCAGUGGAGAUAUACAGCAGAGUCGAGAAAAAAACAAAGCAACAUCCGCAGACGUGAUAAUAGUAUAAAUCAAACGGAUAGGAUAUUAAAAAUGCAUUUAACUGCGAACAGUACGACGACAAACAGCGGUAGCACAAACGGCAAUACAGUCGGUAGCAAUAACAAUGGUAGUGGAAGCGGUGGUGGAAGUAGUGGGGGUGGGAGUGCCGGUACCAAUAGCAGUAGCAACAACAACAACAACAGCAGUAGUGGCAAUAACAACAACAACAGUAGCAGCAACAAUGGCGCAGCAGCUGGAGAAAAUGGUCCACCGUCGGCCGCCAGCAUACUGCAGGACACCUACACAAAGAUGACGUCCGAUAUACUGGCCGAACGGACGCUGGGCGAUUUUCUCUCCGAGCAUCCGGGCGAACUGAUUCGAACCGGGAGUCCUCUGUUUGUUUGCACGGUGCUGCCACCGCACUGGCGAUCGAAUAAAACACUUCCGGUUGCGUUCAAGGUCGUCGCGCUCGGGGACGUCGGCGACGGCACAAUGGUGACGGUUCGGGCCGGUAAUGACGAAAAUUACUGCGCCGAACUGCGAAACUGCACAGCUGUGAUGAAAAACCAAGUGGCCAAAUUCAACGAUCUCCGGUUCGUGGGGAGAAGCGGACGAGGCAAAAGUUUCACCCUCACCAUAACGAUAUCAACGAGCCCUCCCCAAGUUGCCACCUACAACAAAGCCAUCAAGGUGACCGUCGACGGACCACGGGAGCCCCGGUCGAAAACAAUGUUAUCACCUCUUCUUCUAGGGCAACAGCAGCAGUUCCACUUUGCCUUCGGUCAGCGGCCGUUCCACUUCCCGGCGGAUCCUCUGUCCAGCUUCAGGAUGCCACCCAUAGAUAUGUCACAGUUUGGACUCGGAACGGCCAAUUCACACUGGAGUUACAGCUCUACAGGUCCGUACUCACCCUAUUUGACAUCCUGCACCACUCCAACAGCAGCUCAGUUCAACAAUCCAGCUCUGGGCUUCACCUGCUCCAGCGGCGAACAAAACGCAGGCCAAGAUUUCACCAGCGCCGGAAGAGACUGCGUACCAAUGCUCCCGGAUUCGACGGCAGCCGACUUGGACCAGCACCUCAGUAGCCUAGUGGGAACCCAGCAAACCGCUCAAAUGACUCACCCCAGCUUGAUGGCCGCCAAUGGGAGCAGUAACACUCCGGGCAACGGUACCAAUGGUGGCGUUACGUCACAAGCAAACACCAUCACAACAACGAAUGGUUCAAAUGGACUUCUGGUUCCUCGCUAUCAAAGCAAUUCUAGCAACAAUGAUUACACUCUUCACACUAGUCAAAGCGGACCACGAAGUCUCAGUGAUUCCUCUCAAGCGGAGUCCCCCGUUCAAGAAGACCUCCUGUCGUCAAACACACCAAACCUCGGAGGUGCCGCAAACCAAAAUUUCUCCAGCUUAGUUGUUAACCAAAGCCAAUCCAAUUACGGCACAAGCGGUGGCAGUUGCAAUGGUUCACUCUACCCAGUCCUUCCUGCUAGUCUGCUGUACUCCCAACUGUACACGGCAGCCAAUCAAACACACGGCUUCCACAACCAUCCGCUGCAGAACAGUCAUGCAACAUCGCAGAAUUCUUCUAUGCACGCAGGAGAACUACAAAGUGUGAUGGACCACCUGACAUCAUCGACAGCAAACGGUGGCAGGCAACAUCCGAACCUUAUGGCCAACAAUCCGCACACUGACCUUUCCCUAAUUGGAAAUUGUGGUGCGAUGGCUCGAGGCGCACUAGAUGAACCAGGGGCGAGGGCCUUAGCAGGAGGUCGCGGUGUUCCACCCCAAGGGCAAGUCCAAUCCGAAAACGGGAACUCCGUUUGGAGGCCAUACUGAGGAAAGCUUCAACCGUAGGGCUUAAGUGCAAUAUAAAUAAUUUUCCAGAAUAUUUCUGAUUGUUAUCUCCAAAGAAUAUGUUGGCUGUUCUCUAGUUAUGUUGAUAUUUGAUUUUUUUUUCUUUUGAAACGCUUAUUUUUCUUCGACAAUUGUAAAUAACAAACGUUUUCAGACAGGAUAGCAUUUGAACCCACGGUUGAUGUACACUAAAUUCUGCAUGUUAAUCCGUACUAAGAUAUGAGUAGUUAAAGCGAUGCUAAACUUUACAAGAUUGUGAGAUGGUAGCGAUGUCUCUAAUUGUCUUGUGAUAUGGAAUAAAAUGUAUACCAUUGUAAAAACUAUUUCGUGUAAUGGUGUUUUCAAUUGAAAAUAAAACUAAAAACGCAAUGAAGGCUCCUGCCAAAACAUGUCCCAGGCAAGCAAAUCCGAUGUAUUUGUAGUUACCAAUAGAUAUGCAGCUCAUCUCGUUCCAGAACAUCUUUUAUUUUCUAUUGAGAAUAAAGUCAAGUCGAAACUGUAGCCAAAAUGUAGAAAAAUGAAACGAAGCUCAUAGAAAGAGUAAAAUAACAAAGCAGGACUGUGUUUCCUAUCUAGAUGUGGAAUUUUAUCAAAUUAAUGGUAGUGGUGCAUGUGAAAAUGAACAACGGUUACAACAAACUGUGUGACAUGUCUGAGCUCAUCAAUUAGAAGAAAGUAGUGAAGAAAUUUCUCAUCAAAGAUGUUUUUGGAUAUUGUAGGAAAUUUGUAUUUCUACACUGUAAUAUAAAUGCUGUGAAACGAUUACCAAAUAAAUGCUG